AUGUCGAUGUACGCGUCACCCACACGCCCUAUAACAGAUUUUGAAACUUUCCUACGGGCCAUGUUGCGUGAGGUCGGCGUGCUCCUCAGGGUUAAUGGGGGUCACGGUUACGCGUCCCGCGAGGAGAGUCGACCUGCACGUAAACGCGGAGUGGUGGACGUCGCGGGUUCAAUAUGGAGUUCGAAGGAUGAGUGUUGGAAAGGGCUCCUGAGCGAAGUGGAUUCGGAUUCGUGGGGUUUCCCGUUCCGUCUCGUGACGAAUAAACUGGGGAGUUCGUCAUGGCCGCUGACAGCCGGCAUGACGGAGGAGUUUCCCGCCGAAGUCGUCGCGGAGCUCUUUCCUCGCGUCGCGCCCUACGCGUUUCCUCCGGCGGACUUCGCCUUCGACCGCGAACGCUACCGAGUCACCGAGGGGAAGAUUCGCAUCCUCCUCGCCGCGGCCCUCAAGAAGCACUCGGCUCCGGGCUCGAGCGGUGUGCAUUAUCGAACCCUCGGCAGGUCUGCCGGAGUGAUGUGUUCGCGUCUUUCAUCGCUCUACACCGCGUGUUUCGAAAAGAUGUUGUUUCCGAAGCAGUGGAGGCGAGCGAACCUCGGGCUGCUCGAAAAAUCGGGUAGGGACCCGUCGAUGCCCGGCGCUUAUCGGCUGAUUUGCCUUCUCAACUACGACUUCCUGGCGGCCCGUUCCACGAUCGACGCACUCGUUCGAGUUCGAGACGAGGUCAAGGAAACUCUGCGCCGGGGCGGAGUCGCGAUCGUGGUUUUCAUCGGCGUGAAAAACGCCUUUAAUUCUGUUCCGUGGUCCGCGAUAAGGGACGGACUGGUUUCAGAGUUCGAUCCCGACUAUCUCGUGUCGUUGAUAGGGUCCUUCCUCUCGGAGAGGAAGAUUUUGUACGAGAAGCCGGACAAAACGACGGAAACGGCGGACGUUUUCUGCGGUGUGUCCCAGGGGUCGGUCCUCGAGCCGCUCCUCUGGAAUAUCGAGUACGAUAUCUUCACCCGGACCGUCCUUCCCAAAGGUUGCUCGUUAAUUUGCUACGCGGACGACACCCUGCUCCACCGGUCGCGAGUGGGCGGAGGUUCGCGAUUGCGCCGAAUCGAGACUUCACGCGACGGUGAAGGUCAUCAGCGGCAUUGGACUGCGGAUCGAGGUGGGGAGGACGCUCCAGUACCUGGGGGUCACCUUCGACCCGGGUCUCACUUUCGGGCAACACCUCGCGCUCCUCGGACCGAAUACCCGAGUCGCGAGCGCAUUGUUAGGGCGCCUGAUGCCAAACCUGCGGGGUCCGCGGGCGAGGGUCAGGCGAUUGUACGCGACGGUCGUCCACUCCGUGGCCCUGUACGGCCGGUGUGGGCCGAAUCAAUGGCGGCAUCUUGGCCGCUUCACGAGAGGGCCAUUCAACUCCAAAGGGCGUCUCUGAACAAGGUGGUGACGGCGUACAGGAAAGUCGCGGCGGAGGUGGUUUGCCUUCUGUCGGCCACUCCCCCGCUCGAUCUCCUCGCGAUGGAGAGAUUUGUCCUCUAUCGUGAGCGAGGUCGCGGCGGGCCGAGAAGAGCCUGCUUCCGCAGGCGACUUCGCGAUCGCACGGUUCGAAGGUGGCAGCGCGUUUCGACGACCGCGAAAUCGUCGUCGCCCUGGACCCCCGAGUGGGGGACUGGAUGGCAAAGUUCUAGUCUGAAUUCACACUCCCGGCCGCAAUCUCUGGAAGCAGCCGAGCUUUCCGUUCCCGUUCCCCCCCCAGCGAAAGACCGGAGGAAACUCUCGAAAGGGACUGCCGAACGUCCUAGGAGAUGUGUUCUCAUCUUCGAGAUGACGGCGGAACGAAGAUUAGAGCGCAUCUCCCCCAAAGAAAAUCGUGUGGAACGAAAAAAGACGUGCGUGCGGUUCACCAGCGGGUUCACAAUCGAUCUCACGGUUUCGUCCGGCGCGGUGGCGGCGCGAGUCUCCGGCUGGGAGGUCCUCUCCGACUUCAAGUCCCUGAGCGAUCAUGCCUACGUAGCCGCGAGAAGUUCAAAAAGACUUACGGCGGAUCUCGGCAAAGACGCGGAAUCGGCCGAAGUACUAGUGAACGGACGAGAUGGGAGAGUUGUGGAAGGAGUUCUCCCUCGACCGUCGCCGGUUCGUCGGCAGAAAAAGACUAUUGAUCUGACAAGGCGGACAUUACGAGAACAUUAUGAACGACGACGAACUCACGUGUUUAAAGGUGGAGUGGAAGGCUUCGUGUGUUUGGGUUCGCCGAACGAUAGGAGUUUCUCGCAGAGGUCAUCGCAGAGCUCUUCCCCGGCGGAUUUCCCUUACGGCAAAAUUCGCGACGCCGUAACGGAGGGGGAGGUUCGCCUCCUCUUCGACGCGGCCUCCAAGAGGCACUCGGCUUCAGGCCCGAAAGGCUCGCAUUCUCGGCGAGUCUAUCGGGGUGCUGUGUGCGCGUAUCUCGACGCGACACUGUGGAAGGAAGCGAACCUCGUGUUGCUGGACAAACCGGCUAGGGAUCCGAUGACGGCGAGCGCGUAUCGGCCGAUUUGGCUUCUCGACGUAGAGGGCAAGUUGUUUGAGCGCGUAAUCGUCUCUAGAGUAAACGAACAUUUACGCUCAGGAGAAGGGAGGAACGACCUCUCUCUGAAUCAGUACGACUUCCGGGCGGGCCGUUCGACGACCGACGCACUCGACCGCGUGUGCGCCGGAGUCCAUUCUUUGUCGGGGCGGCUCUUUGUUUCGACAGCUCGGUCUCUUCGCGAGAAAGUGAUUCAACUCCAAAGGGCGUCUCUGAACAAGGUGGCGAUGGCGUACAGAGACGUCGCGGCGAAGGUGGCUCGUCUUCUGUCGGGCACCCCCCAGCUCGAUCUCCUCGCGAUGGAGAGACUCGUCUUCUAUCGCGAGCGGGAUCGCGGCGGGCCUAGGACAGCUAACACUUGGCAGGCGCCAUUUAACGACGGUCGGAGACGUUACGGCGGAAAAAUUGUUCUCACGGGUCACGGGGUGUUCGGCUCGUACUUGGCGCGUAAAAAGGGUCGGUCCUUGGACCGCUGCUGUGGAACAUUGCCUACGAUGAAUGCUUUUACCGGAACUGUUCUUCCUGAAAGUGUAUCGAUCACGUGUUACGCGGACGACACUCUUCUGCUGGUGAUCGGUCAUGAUUGGGCCGAGGCUCGAAAGCGCGCCGAAUUAGGUUUGUGUGUCACGGUAGAGGCAAUCCAUGACAUCGGUCUACGAGUACGCUUACCGAAAACGGAAUCCUGCGGUUUUCAUAGCUCGAUCGUAAUGGCCUACAGAGACGUUGCCGCGGAUGCUGCUUGCGUUCUGUUGGAGACCCCUCUUCUCGAUCUACUUGCGUUGAAAAAACUGAUUCUCUAUCGCGCGAGGAAAAGAUCGAGGAGGGACGCGCUUCGUAAAGUAGUACGGGAAAGCGUCCUCGAGACUUGGCGGAUUUGGCUCGAGGAUGGCCGGAAACUUUACGGGGGAAAACCAUCCGCGUGCUAG